GGUCGAUUUUGCUUAAUAGCUUGGGCUUGCAGAAUAGAAAAUUGGUAUUUAAGAUGUCAAAAUAUUUUAUUUGCAAGUAGAUGUCAUAAGCCUUUAUAUGGAUUCCUGAGCUGCUGCAUUGGAUGUCUUGAUACUCAGACGAAAAAGGACUGCAGUCGGUGCUUCUCUCAAUACUGAGUGAUUGCACCCUGAAGCAAUUGGGUUUUUUCUUUCAGAAAAAAGAGGAAAGGGAACUGUUCGGAUGAGUGCCAUGAACUUACCGUCGGGAGCACUGCCGGUCCAUCACACAAGCUACAGCCAUCACGAGCCUCCAUAAUAAUAUUACCAGGUAUGCUAACGCAGAUCAAAGCUGGUUAGGGUGUGAUCCAACCUUCCUGAUAAUAUUCUUUGACAUUAUUUAAAUUCCUAUGAGAUCUUGCCCCGCCUGCAAUAGGGCCUCCCGUAUGCUAGGAACGUGCCUCUACCAGAGAUCGAUAAUUAUUAUUAUUUUCCUAUCAUAUUAUCUAUCAAUACUUGGUCAAUAAUUUUUCCUUCGACUUCAUAGACUACUGGUAUCCUAAUUGGACCUCAUGGAUAGGCGGCCCUAGGUCUUGGCAUUUUGAACAGUCAAUGUUACCCACCAAACCUGAGAGAACCUCAACACAACUGCAACCGCAACGCAUUCGAUUCCCCAGCGCCAACGCAAAGCUCAUUUACCUUCGCCAUCUCCACCUCUACCUCCACAAUAUAAUACAAACCACCUGGCAACAACAAUAGCGACCAUUGUCCCUCUAUUACACCCAAGAAGGAGAUGGCAAAGGGAAAGAAAGGAAAGAAGGCCCACGACGAUUCGUGGGAAGACGACAUAGAUACUCAGCCUCCUGUCGACCCCAUAGCAGCCGCCACCGCCGCGGAUAGCAAACCUGCAGCGGCUGAGGACGAUGACUUCGGAGGCGGGGGCUUAAUGGCCGCAAUCAAGAAGAACCGAGACAACAAGAAAAAGAAGGGCAAGGCCGUCAGGCCACUUAAUGACGAGGUUACAGAAGAUGGCGAUGAUGCUGCUACACCUCCAGUCGAAGCCAAGGCUCCGACUGAGGUUACGGAGAUUGGAGAGGAUGAUUUUGGCCCUGUAAAGAAGGGUGAAAAGAAGGGGAAGGGUACUCCCGCGGCAGUUGCACCUACGGAAAAGACGGAGGAACUGGGAGAGGACGAGGUCCGGGGCGCAGACGGAGAGGUUAGGGUUAAGACUAAGAAGGAAAAGGAAAAGGAAAAGAAGGAGAGAGAGAAGCAGCGGAAGAAAGAACAGGUUUGGUUUUACACUUCUUAUUUGUUUAAUACUUUUGCAGUGGUUAAUUAUAUUGUAGGCUGCGAGGAAGAAGCAGACUGAACCGGCCAAAGCGGAGGAAAAGAAGGAAGAAGUAGCUGCAGAAACGAUGGCCCCAUCAGCUGCUGCGCCAGAGCCUACUGGUGGGAAAAAGAAGAAAAUCCCUGCUGCUUUGGCGGCGAUACAGAAACAGCAGGAGUUGAGACGAAAGCAAGAAGAAGAGGCAGCUAGAAUCGCGGCGGAGGAGAGGGAGCGAGAGGAAGAAUUGGAGCGAAUUCGCCAAGAAGAGGAACGAGCGAAGGCUGAAGCUAAGGAGAAGAAGAAGGAGAAGGAGAAGGAACGAAUCGAGAGAUUGAAGAAGGAAGGCAAAUACAUGACCAAGGCUGAAAAGGAAAGACAGCGAACUGCGCAAUUGAGACUUCAGCAAAUGGUGGAAUCGGGUAUGGUGGUAGAGGGUCUUGGGGGUGGUCCUGUGACAGAAAAGAAGAAACCCAAGUAUGACAAGAAGCCCAGGAAGGGGGAUAGUGGUAAGUCAAAGGUUGAAGACGAUGAAGAAAAGAAGAGGGAGGAAGAAAGGCUACUUGUCGAGAAGAAGGCAAAGGAGGAAGAGGAGCAGAGGAAGAAGGAGGCUGAAGAAGGUAAAUUCCUUGAACGUGUCUUUUAAUGUUCCAGUGUUAAUACUUAGGUAGCUGCUGCCGCCGCCACCAAGAAAGAAGAGGAAGAUGUGCUUGACAGCUGGGAAGAGGCAUUUGACCAGGAUGGCAACAUCAAGGAAUCUUGGGACAUGAGCUCUGAGGAGGAAGAGGGUGAAGCCCCCAAGAAACCAUGUAGGACCCCUUGUGAAUUUGUCACUUGAUUAUGGGAGCUUGCUUACGCUUCUCAGCAAACGGAGCCAAAGCCGCUCCUCCAAAGGGUGGAAAGGGACCUUCAAAGAAGUCGCCUGACGCUGGCGAGGAAGAGGAUAGUGAUGACAGCGAUGAAGGGGUUGUCGAUGCAUCAGUAGCAAAGCGUCUUGCAGAGCAGAGGAAACAGGAGCAACUCGCACGUCGGCAAAAACAGAUUGACGAAGCAAAGGCGGCUGCUUCAGUUGAAAAUCUACGCUCCCCUAUCUGCUGUAUUCUCGGUCAUGUUGACACUGGUAAAACUAAGCUUCUGGACAAGAUUCGGCAAACCAAUGUACAGGAGGGCGAAGCUGGUGGUAUUACUCAACAGAUUGGUGCCACUUACUUCCCUAUGGACGCUAUUAAGCAAAAGACUGCUGUGGUGAACAGGGUACGUCUGUUCUCUCUAGAAAUUGGUAGAACGGAACUAACAUCUUCAGGACGGCAAAAUGGAAUAUAAAGUGCCCGGCCUUUUGGUCAUUGAUACACCGGGGCACGAAUCUUUCACUAAUCUUCGGUCAAGAGGGUCUUCGCUGUGUAACAUUGCAAUUUUGGUUGUCGAUAUCAUGCACGGGCUGGAGCCUCAGACCAUCGAGUCCCUUAACCUCCUUCGAGACCGAAAGACGCCCUUCAUUGUGGCGUUGAACAAGAUUGAUCGUUUGUACGACUGGAAAGCUAUUCCUAAUAACGGGUUCCAGGAUUCUCUGGCGAAGCAGAAGAAACCUGUUCAGAACGAAUUUAAGGAUCGUCUCGAGAAGACCAUCGUUGCUUUUCAGGAAAACGGCCUCAAUGCAGCACUCUUUUACGAGAAUAAGAACAUGGGCAAAUUUGUCUCCUUUGUGCCGACCUCCGCCCAUACGGGGGAGGGCAUUCCGGAUAUGUUGAAGCUUCUUGUCACUCUAACACAGCAACGCAUGGCCGAGAAGUUGAUGUACCUUUCCGAACUUGAGUGUACCGUUUUGGAGGUCAAGGUUAUUGAAGGGUUGGGAACGACGAUCGAUGUUAUCCUGUCCAACGGUGUGCUGCGGGAGGGUGACCGGAUAGUUAUGUGCGGACUUAACGGAGCUAUAUCAACCAAUAUCCGAGCCCUGCUCACCCCACAACCAUUAAAGGAAUUGCGUAUCAAGUCGCAAUAUGUCCACCACAAAGAAGUCAAGGCAGCUUUGGGAGUGAAGAUUGCAGCCAACGACCUUGAACAUGCUAUUGCCGGUUCUCGGUUACUCGUUGUCGGCCCCGAUGACGACGAAGAAGAUUUAGAAAUGGAAGUCAUGAGCGAUCUUGAGCAACUCUUCAGCAAGGUUUCGACAUCGGGUGCAGGUGUCGCUGUACAAGCCUCUACCCUGGGGUCGCUGGAAGCCUUACUCGCGUUCUUGAAGUCCAGCUCGAUUCCGGUCUCCACUAUAUCCAUUGGCCCCGUUUACAAACGUGACGUUAUGCGGGCUGGGACAAUGUUGGAGAAGCACAAAGAGUAAGAUUUCUCUCUUCACCCACUAAUAUUUCUGCCUAGGCGGUGCAACUAACGUUUACCAGGUAUGCGGUAAUGCUCUGCUUCGAUGUUAAGGUCGACAAAGAAGCUCAAGCAUAUGCCGAUGAAGUUGGAGUGAAGCUUUUUACUGCGGAGAUUAUCUAUCACUUGUUCGACGCCUUUUCAGAAUACAAAAAGGUUCCACCCAUUGCACUUUCGCCAGGAAUUAAAUGGCUCUGCUGACAUUAUCGAAAAGGAAAUGUCUGAGCAAAAAAAGCGAGAAUCUGCCGCAAACGCCGUCUUCCCAUGCAUCCUUAACCCUGUUGCCGUUUUCAACAAGAAAGAUCCCAUCGUCGUUGGUGUUGAUGUCGUCGAGGGUAGUCUUCGUGUCGGAACACCUAUUGCGGCAGUAAAGAAGAAUCCCGUGACCGGUGAAAUGGAAACAAUUUCUCUAGGCAGAGUGUAUAACCCACCUCCUUCCUUCCUCCCCAUCUCAUGCUAACGGCAGUAAAACACAGUACAAGCAUUGAACUAAACCAUAAAGCCAUCCAAAUCUGCAAAAAGGGCCAACCAUCUGUAGCGGUCAAAAUUGAGGGACCUAACCAACCCCUAUACGGAAGACAAUUGGAAGAGAAGGACACUCUCUACUCACUGAUUUCCAGAGUCACCAUUGAUACGCUCAAAACUCACUUUAGAGAGGAAGUCCCGAAGGAGGAUUGGCAGCUUAUUAUUAACCUUAAAAAGGUUUUCAAUAUUUUAUAAGGCACAUUUGCAGGUUGCUUUCCUAGAUUUUCGAGCCUCUUUUUAUCCUUUUUUACCUAUUUACUUUGUUCAGCAUUAUCUUUGAACGGGGGGGGGGCGGUGCUGGCAGUAGCGGUUCUCCAUAUUUCAUUUUGUGCUAGUAACAAAAGUCGCGGAAUUCGCGUCCUUUUUUUUCUCUCCUCUUCCGCUCUGUCCUUUCUUUUGUCUCUUUGUUCUCGUUUGGUAUGAUAUACUUGAUCCCCUUCCUUUCCCCAUUGAUACUCUCCCCUUCGCUGAAGGGUGUAAAUACUUGCCCGGUGGUUAGAGUUUGUCGAAAAUUGGAAGUUGGUAUUGUAUCGGCUUUGCUGAAUG